CUUCCCUUUCCCCUGCUUUCCCAGUUCAAAAACCCGCACACCCCCCCACCGAUCCAUCACUCCACAGUUCCUAGACCACCCCCCGCCCCCCAAUUUGAGCCCGGACAUACCGGCCAGAGCUUCAAAAUUUCGAAUUUCGAUCCCCGGGUCCUUGCCCAUUUCCCUUCUUCCCCCCCAGAUCUCCGGGCUCGGGCUUGCAGAUCUCCGCCCCUGUCCGCCGGGAGGCCGUCGAUGGAGCUUUGACUGCUUCUCCCCGCUUCUGGCUUUCAGGAACUUCCAAUUCCCUGUGCCCUUUUGGUUUCACAUUGCGCCAAAGCUUCUAGUAUAGUUCGGCAUCAACAGUUCUAUGGAUAUGGACGACACCAUAGCUGAUAAUGGUUUUGAGGUGGUCCCUCAACAUGGUGCUUAUGAGCAAUUUCAGGCCUGUGAAGAAGAGAGUAAGGUUCCAACUGAUUUUGAUGGGGUUACAGAUGAGACUGGUGCAAUUGCAUCUGUCAAUAAGAGCUUAGAAAGUGUUACGUUAGAUCAGACUGAUGCAAACAAGUCAUCGCCUGGGGACUUAAAGGAGGGACCUGUCAAUGUUUCCAAGGAAGGAGAUAAUUUAGAUUCAGACCAUGCAAAACAUGUGAGGAGCCAGAGGGGUCAAGGAACCAAAAACAAUAACAAAUCUACUGCGAAAAAUGUGCUGGCGCCUGGAGCAAAGAAGAACAAAGACGAAAAGGAAGCCAAAGCAGUUCCAAAUGGCAAUGGUCCUCCAAAUUCCAUUAUAGAGAGGCCUAUUAAAAGUAAAUCAUUAAAUUAUAAGCAGCCUCGUCUUCCCAAGCAAGCUGGAAAAUCUGAUAGAGACUCCUCAGAGGGCUUGAGUGGGAUUAAAAAAGAGAAGCCUUUGGAAGAAGGAUCCGUCAUUGAACCUGAUGGGAUUCCACAAUCUUCGCCAGAUCUUACCGCAGCUGAUGCCGGACCCCAUAGAGUGGGUGCACGUCCAAACUAUGGGUUCAGCUUUAGGUGUGAUGAAAGGGCUGAAAAAAGGAAAGAGUUCUACACAAAGCUCGAGGAAAAGAUUCAUGCAAAGGAAGUAGAACAGACAACCUUGCAGGCUAAGUCCAAGGAAACUCAAGAAGCUGAGCUUAAGAUGCUGAGGAAGAGUUUGAACUUUAAGGCCACGCCUAUGCCAAACUUCUACCAAGAACCUUCACCACCUAAAGUUGAAUUGAAAAAGAUACCCCCAACAAGAGCUAGAUCUCCCAAGCUCGGGCGAAGGAAGAGCUCCUCUAGUGAGGGGUCUGAAGAAAAUGGCGAUGGAAACCGUCCAUCUGGUCGUUUAAGCCUUGGUGAGGAAGUAUCGAGAAACCAACAAUCUAGAGUGCCUCCCAUCAAAGCAAAGAAGCCAAUUCGGAAAUCGCUUCCCGUACUGCCUUCUGAGAGAAACAAGUCAUCUAGUGUGAGAAUUAAAAGUGCCGUAUCUCAAGCAACUCAUAAUCAAGAAACUGGCAAUAAAGCACAUAAACCACUUCUGGUGGAUGACUCCCCUAGUGACCAUCUGCAUGACCAUACACCAAUCUUGGAUGAGCUAGCGGAGCCAACUAUAGCACAAGAAGGGACAGAAUCAGGCAUCAUGCAGGAGCAGCAAUAGAGCUAGAUUGAACUUGUUAGAGCCUUCACUUUGGCAAGAACUGGACGACAAGGGUUAUUAGGGAUAGUUAUGCUUGAGGUAUGGAAGAUUUGCAGGAGAGUCGUGAGUUCUGGCGUCUUUUUGUCUGUGGAAGCAUUGGGUUGUUUGUUUUGUACUUGUUCUUGGGAUUGCUGGUUAUCGUAAGAAAUUCUGCAUUCCUGCACCUUUUGUAAGUUCCUGAUUUCCCAGUGCACUCUUUGAUUUAGCAUUCUUUGGUUGUCUCACUACAGCAAUAUUAGGAAUAUCGGUCGCUGUGAAGUUUAGUGUCCGAAACAAUUUGUUGAGUCUGUUGGGGGUGUGACAAUUGGAUAUUGUAUUUAUGUUUUUGAUAUUUUUGAUUGGCUAUAUGACUUGAUUAUGGUC